UCUACGCGAAGACGAGGUUGAAUUUGUAACACGAAAGAAUUGUUCUGGAAUCCCGUGCUCUCUCUUUCAGCAAUGGAGUGACGGACUCGCAAGAGUCGCGAGGCAGUGGGCGGAACGAUGUCAAUUUCAGCACAACCCUAGAAGAAAUAAUCAAUCAGUAUUUAGUUCCGUUGGAGAAAAUAUUGCAUUUACCAGUCAAAGUGAUAUGAAGGAUGAGAGCUUUGUAGAAAUGUGGUACAACGAGGUGAAAGAUUAUGACUUUGAGACGAACACUUGCUCAGCCGAGUGUGGCCAUUAUACUCAGGUUGUAUGGGCCACCACGGAGUAUCUGGGAUGUGGAGAGAGAUACUGUCCGUCCUUAGGGGGCUAUCUCGUUGUGUGUAACUACGCACCUGCGGGCAACUUUCCAACACAGCCCUACAAAAACUGUCAACCGUGUAGCAGAUGUCCAGAUGGAUAUAAAUGUUCGGACAGAUUGUGUCAACCUCCUUAAAUGAUUCCAGCAAUUUGUCAACCUCCUUAAAUGAUUCCAACAAUGUGUCAACCUCCUUAAAUGAUUCCACCAAUGUGCCAACCUCCUUAAAUGAUUCCAGCAAAUAGAACAUUUGAUUGGGUGCGUGUACAAAGGCGUGUAAAUAUUAACAAUGACAUUAAUUUAAUUUUGUGUGAUGGUGCAUGUUGGAAAGUUUGUUUUGUUGAAAGGUUUUCAAAUCCCCUCUUGUCUUACCGAUGUUUAUCUGCAAAACCUGUUUACUACAUGCAAGUCAAAGCAUAAUUGUACCAUGCGACAAUUAUAAUUAUGUACGUGUGUGUGUAUCUACAAUAGUAUAUCAUGUUGUUACAAUAAAUUAUUUAAUAUCACCUUGUAUCAUAAUUUUCAUCGCCAUAGUCUGCUAAACUUGGUAUUACAUAAAGAAUAUCAAAAUAUU